ACCUUCCUGUCUGUAGGUGGAGUCUCUUCACCCAGAUAGUGUUCAACACCAACUGUUAACCACAGAUGAGAACUGCAUCUUCCGGUUGCUGGACAUGGAUCCAUGUUUGCUGUUUUUUAUGCUCUUGCUGAUGGGCAGAAAUGGACUGUGUCAACAAGCGGAGGUUUGCUUGAAGUCUGUGAUCAACUCCUGCGAGGAUUGUAUCAGAUCUGGGCCAUACUGCAUGUGGUGCAAAGACCUGAAUUUCACCAAAUCAGGUGAGCAGGAGACAGUACGCUGUGACACCAAAGCAAAAUUAAUAGAGAGGGGCUGCAAGACAGAAGAUAUCAUCUUUCCAGAGAACAGCAAACAGAUUGAUAAGAAUGAUUCUCUGUCAGAGUCAUUCAACGAGCAGAACCCUGUCCAGCUGAGUCCACAGAAGAUAAGUCUGAAACUACGACCCGGGCUUUCUACCACAUUCAGUGUUUCAUUUAAAAGAGUUCAGGGUUAUCCAGUUGAUCUCUACUACCUGAUGGACCUAUCUUACUCCAUGAAAGAUGACUUGGAAAAUGUCAAAGGACUUGGAAAAGAUCUUUUUAAAGCUCUGAAUGACAUCACUAAACAUGCUCAAAUAGGGUUUGGUGCCUUUGUUGAUAAGACAGUCCUUCCUUAUACUAACACCAACAAGGAGAAACUGCAGAAGCCAUGUGAUGAAAAUGACCAGCAGUGCCAGGCUGCCUUUGGCUACAGACAUGUGCUUAAGAUGACAUCAGAGGAAACUGAGUUCAAAGAAAAAGUGACAGAGCAGUUCAUUUCUGGGAACUUGGACUCUCCGGAAGGAAGUCUUGAUGCAAUGAUGCAGGCUGCUGUAUGUGGGGACAAAAUAGGCUGGAGGAACAGCAGUACUCGGCUAAUUGUGUUGACCACUGAUGCUGGAUUCCACAUGGCUGGGGAUGGAAAAUUGGCUGGCAUUCUGGAGCCCAGUGAUGAACAAUGCCACAUGGAAAACAGCCUUUUUAGCAAGAGCAUUGACAUGGACUACCCAUCUGUUGGUCAACUAGCUAUGCAGUUGGAAAAAAACAAUAUUCAACCGAUAUUUGCAGUGACAGAAAAUGUAGCGAAUGUGUACAAGGAACUCUCUAGAAUGAUUCCAAAAUCAGAGGUCGGAGUUCUGUCAUCAGAUUCUAAAAAUGUUGUUGAAUUAAUUAAAAUCGCCUACAAUAGCUUGUCCUCAAAAGUAACCUUGACCCAUGACAAUCUUCCUGACAAUGUAAGAGUCAUCUACACUCCUAAAUGCAAGGAUGCAGGACAACCAGGGAACAACGAAGGGGUUUGUAACAAUGUAAAACCAGGAGAGAAGAUUUCCUUUGAUGUCACUGUGACGGCAGAGUCAUGUAUGAAUGACAAGUCUUUCACCAUCAGACCACUUGGUAUUAAAGAUACAUUGACAGUGUCGUUAUCUACAAACUGUGAUUGUGCAUGUAAAGACCCUGAUGGCAGUAUCCACUCACACUGCAAGGGCAAGGGAAGAGUCAAGUGUGGCAUUUGCAGCUGCAGUGAAGGCUACGUCGGUCAGUUCUGCGAGUGCUCCAUUGGCGAUAAAGACGAGCGUUCCCUGAGAGCAUCCUGUCAGAGGAACAAUGGCACAAUGGAGUGUGAGGGUCGAGGAGAUUGUGUGUGUGGCAGGUGCCUGUGUCACACUACAGAGAGUGGAAGCAGUUACCAUGGUGACUACUGCGAGUGUGACAAUGAACACUGUGAGAAGUUCGGGAAUAAACUGUGUGGAGGAAACGGUAAGUGUAACUGUGGCAAAUGUGAAUGCAAUAAAGGCUACGAGGGUUCAGCCUGUCAGUGCAAGGUGUCAGAGGAGGCCUGUCGUACCCUGAACGACACCGUGUGCUUCGGCAGAGGGUCAUGCAAGUGUAACCGCUGUGAGUGUAAGGAGGGAUACCAGCGUCCACGAUGCCAGACAUGCCUCGGCUGCCCAGACCCUUGCCAGACCAAAUUAAACUGCAUUGAAUGCCUUGGCUUUAACUCAGGUCCCUUUGAAAAAAACUGCAGUGUGGCUUGCCAAGAGAGUAUAUAUCAUGAGAUGGUAGACCAGUUCACCAUACCAGGCAAGCAGUGCCAGCAGAAAGACACUAAGGGCUGCUGGAUCAAAUUCAAGCUGGACCAGUUGGUCGGAGAGGAUAAUUACAAGGCUGAAAUUCUGAAACAGAGAGACUGUCCUGAACCACCCAGCGUCGUAGCCAUCAUCGGCGGUUCCAUUGCAUCUGUGGCUCUCAUCGGCAUCCUGCUGCUAAUGCUAAUCAAGUUACUCCUCUACAUGAAAGACCUGAAGGAGUUUAGGAAAUUUGAAAAUGAAAAGAAGAAAUCCAAAUGGGCAGAGGCUGACAACCCACUGUUCAAAAAUGCCACCACCACUGUCACCAACCCAACCUUCACUGGAGAGUGAGGGCUACCACAGCAGCACAGUGUGUCCAGUACAUCUCUGUUGUAUUGCAGUUUUGUCUGUACAGAGUAUCAUUUGUAACGCUCAUAUACGUUAUGUUAUUUGCAAAUUUCAACAAUCACUGAUUUAUUUACUGGCAUCAAUAUUGACUUGCUUUGCUUUCUUUCUUAAUUAUGAAUUACUGUCAUUGUGUCUAAAAAAACGUGCUUACUUAAUAUAAAAAAAAAAUCUUGUUU